GCCUUCCUCUCCACAUCAACCACCCAAAGCUGCCCUGCAAAGACAACUACAACAUACCAAUAGCAAACUAUCUUACCCGACGGUCUGCCCGCCUGCGCAACCUCAACAAUUCGAGAGGACGUCGAUCAGCUGAAUCGCCGGAAGGCGCCAUCUCCACAUUCCUCGAACUGCUUCACAACCGAUCAACAUGCGGAAUGUUCUGGUCUCCGUCUUUCUCCUCUUCAUCGCGGCAGCUUGCGCCUCACCGAGCAACUUGGCAGCCUUCAUCGAAGCAUCGUUCCUAGAAGAAACAUCACCACUAGAGAGCAACGAUACAAUUCCGGCAAAUGAACUCUUCCGGCGCGAUGGUGGAUGUGCGAGCGGAUACAAUGCCUGCGCGGGCAUAGGCGCACCCGGAUUAUGCUGCGGUUCCAACAGUGUUUGUUCCGCUGAUGCUGCCGGUCACGUCGCCUGCUGUCCUACGAAUGCUGCCUGCACUGGGACAAUUGGCGGCGGAGGAGUGCAAGCCUCAGCAACUGCCUCAACAACAACUACGACAACUACCGAGUCCUUCGUCUUCGCGACAACGACCACCGGCGGCGGCUUCGUCGUCGGCACCGCCGCGGCAACCGCGCAAGGUGUCCGCUCUACGCCGCUUGCUCUUCAGCUUAUUCGAGCUGCCAAACUGACGCCGCGAGCUGCACUGCGGCGCUCGUGGGAGGUAUACACGGCGUUACGGUCUCUGCGCCCAAUGGCGGCGUUACCGUUGCAGCAAUUACAGGCACCUUGGAUUCAGCAUCAGCUAGCCAGGUUUGCCAGAGCUUGAGCUCGCAGGCUUGCUAUGGACUGCAGGAGGCGGCUUGUGGGAACUUCGACAACGGCAAGGGGAAUAACGCUAGGAGGAAUGGGUGUGGGAACAUAUAUGGGAUGGCUGCAGUGGUGGCAAUUGGUGUGGCAGGCGAGAUGCUGCGAUGACAGGAGUGAGAGCAGGGAUGCUACGUUCUAUGUUGAAUAUGCUUCUUGUAUAAAAAGAGCCGGCGAGCUACUUGUGGUUUGAUGCUGGUUUGAUUGCAUGACACCGGCGUUUAUGGACUGGCUGCCGGUAUUGGUGGAUUAAUGACUGGAAGAGCGAAGCUUUCAUUUAGUCAAGCUUGCUUACCUUUUAUGAGAGUCUCUAUUCCGUCUGAAUCAAAACGUUCCUCCUAUAUCUGUGUACAACCCUGUCCAAGAAAGCCUAUGAAACCUGUUAGUACUUG